AUGGAUCAGCUGGAGAACAAACUUGAAGCGCGAACAACCCACCUGCUGGAAACGAUGAACUACCCGGAAGUGUUUCACAAGGGCGGUUGGACGACGAUUCAGUAUCGCUUCAGCGGGGCACUGGACUUCAACAGAAGCUGGUCUGAAUGUGCCGAAGGGUUCGGUGACGUCGAGGGAGAGUUUUGGUUCGGUCUCGAAAAACUCUACCAAACAGUGCGUGACCGGAAGCACGAGCUAUUGGUUGUUCUAGAGGGUGUUGAUGGAGCCAUCAAAUACGCACAUUACGGUGACUUUCGCAUAGGAAAUGAGGAGGAAAGGUACAAGAUCAAACGGCUGGGCCAGUAUUCGGGCACCGCGGGGGAUUCGUUACGAAGGCAGAAGAGCGCCCCGUUCGCGACCUACGACAAGCCACAGCCGGGGAGACUCAACAGAAACUGCGUCGACACCCACAAGGGACCAUGGUGGUGUAAAUCUCGUUACAGUCAAAGCCAUUUGAACGGGAAAUUUCCACUAUGGCGUUCGUCGGAUUCCGCCGCAAAAACUACGCAUUCGCUACAUUCGCUGCUCGAACGUUCGACCAUAAAGUCCAGCAAGAUCAUGAUUCGCCCGAGUGAUCAAACGUAA